GUUCAUAUUAUUUAAGUAAAAAAAAUCAUAUUAUUUCAAUAAUUAAUUUUUUAAUAUUAAUCCGGAAAAAUAAACCUUGAUUAGAGGAUUGAAUAAAAAUUUAAAAUUGAAUUUCAAAUAUAAUAAGAGUAGAGAGGUACAGGAAUCAUAGAUAAACCUUUUUAUUUUUCGUUUUCUUAUGUCAAGUAUAUGUAUUGAGCUGGUAUCAAUGGUCUCGCUAACAAAAACCAAACAACGAAACAAUGCUUCAAUGUUUCUUACGUUUCUCCAAAACUGUAACAACUGUUCCUUGUUCACUCACCUCCCCCAUAAACCCUUCAUUCCUCUUGUUCUACUCCUCAUCUCCGAAUCCACCGCCCCAUCAACGGCAACCGUCGCCAUCGCCAAUAGCUUCCCCUACGCGAGUCCUGAAACUGAUAUCCGCCCAGUCCGACCCUCUCCUCGCUAAAGAAAUCUUCGAUGUAGCCACCACCCAACGCGGUUUUCGUCACUCUUACUCUUCCUUCCUCGUCCUCAUUCUCAAACUCGGCCGUUCCAAACACUUCUCUGUUGUCGACGACCUUCUCGUUCGUCUCAAAUCCGAUCAGUAUCGGGUAACCCCGACUCUCUUUUCUUACCUCAUCAAAAUCUACGCCGAAGCUGAUUUACCCGAGAAAGCUCUCAGUGUGUUCUACAAAAUGCUUGAAUUCAACGUUAAGCCUUUACCCAGACACUUAAAUCGUAUCCUCGAGCUGCUUGUUUCUCAUCGUAACUUCAUCAUGCCUGCUUUCGACCUUUUCAAGACUGCCCACAAAUACGGUGUUUUCCCCAAUACCAAAUCUUACAACAUUUUGAUGGGUGCGUUUUGUUUGAAUGGGGAUUUGAGUAUUGCGUACAAACUGUUCAACAAAAUGUUUGAGAGAGACGUUAUGCCUGAUGUCGAGUCUUUUAGGAUAUUAAUGCAAGGGCUAUGCAGGAAGAGUCAAGUGAAUAGAGCUGUAGAUUUGUUAGAAGAUAUGUUGAAUAAAGGAUUCGUACCAGAUUCAUUGAGUUAUACUACUUUGUUGAAUAGUUUGUGUAGGAAGAAGAAGCUUAGAGAAGCUUAUAAGCUUCUUUGUAGAAUGAAAGUUAAAGGGUGUAACCCUGAUAUUCUGCAUUAUAAUACUGUUAUAUUUGGUUUUUGUAGAGAAGGAAGAGCUAUGGAUGCUGUUAAGGUUCUUGAGGAUAUGCCUUCAAAUGGGUGUUUGCCUAAUUUGGUUUCUUAUAGGACUUUGGUUGGAGGGUUAUGUGAUCAAGGGAUGUUUGAUGAGGCUAAAAAGUAUAUGGAGGAAAUGUUGUCAAAAGGAUUUUCGCCACAUUUUUCGGUUUCUCAUGCUUUAAUCAAAGGGUUUUGCAGUGUUGGUAAGAUUGAUGCAGCUACUGAAGUACUAGGGGAAAUGCUUGAGUACCGGGAAGUACCGCAUACGGAUACUUGGGGAACGAUAGUUCCUACAAUCUGUGAAGAUUAUGAAACAGAGAAAAUGGAGGAGAUUUUAGAAGAGGUUAUGAAGAUAGAAAUUAAAAGAGACACAAGAAUAGUAGAGGCAGGCAUUGGAUUGGAGGAUUACUUGAUUAGGAAAAUAAGAAAUAGAUCAAAGUGACGUUGUAUUUUACUACAGAUAAUGCAGAUUUAAUUGGCUAUAUAUGUUCCCUGGUGUCCAGGAUUGUUGAAUGGUGUUAAUCCAGUGUGGUGAUUGCAGGUAAAUUGGAUGAUUGGGUGUCUGCUUCGCCACCCUUUAAAGGGAUGCUGCUGAUGCAGAGAUGCCAUCGGCUUUCUGAUAUUUGGAUUCACAUAAAAGCCAUCAUAAAGAAAAGCUUCAAUGGCUGCAAGCUGUUUGAUUCAAUAAAGGUUCACUUUAUUACAGUCUUGGAGAUGUGUUUCCAUGGUCCACCGGCCUUUUUGCCGGGUAUCAAGGUGGUUGGUGGCAGUUGCAAAACGUUUCUUCGAGCAAUUUUAUUUGUAAAAUCAUUUCCUAUUUGCAAUUCAAAAUUGUGUCUAAUUCAUUCAGGUGUUGCAAUUGAAAAUGGUCCCAACUUGCAAGAUGUAUACAAGAAAAAUAUGAUGAAAAAUAUGAAGACCAUCAAACUAUGAGCAUGGCAGGAAAUAGAGCCUACCAAGCUUUGGGGUUUGCCAUUCAAAGCAAUUUAUCCAAAAUAACAAAUGGAAAGUAUGUCAUGAACCCAAAAUUUCAUAUGGAUAGGCAACCUAAAGAACACAAUACUUGGUACACAAUAAACACUAAAAUCAAGUGAACGCGUGACUGUUACCACAAACUAAACAUAUGUGACCAUGAAAUAAUAAAUAAGUUGACAUAAAUAGUUUUGAUCAACCUCCUAUUUUGAAAGCUUAGACCUGAGCAGUGCCUUCAGUGAACUUUGGGUCCUCACAUCUAUAUCGGCCAUCAGGUCCGAUUCCAAAACCUUUUGGAUCCGCAAAUACAUUUUCGAGCAGCUGGCUUCGAGGAGGAACAGGGCUUUCGUCUGCAAACUCAACGGCUUCCUCUACCACCUCAUCUAUC